GUUACAGAUAAAGUGCAUAUAUUUGCGGUGCUGUGGAAUAGGUUUAUAGGCGAUUUUCGUGUGGUAUUUUUGCAAGUGACCGACCGUACAGUUCAUAGUCGUUUGUCAGCACGGGCAUAGAUUUUCUUUUUGUUUUGCUUAGCAUCGACCGCGCACACUGCAAAUAUUCAAAACAAACAUAAAGACUACCUGAUAAGGACACACAAUUUAAAUUGGACCCCACAAUGGAUACCAGUUGCAGUAACAUUGAAUCUUUGGACGACAACACGCCAUUACCCGAACUCAGUUUCGAAGACUUUUUGGAGCCAACACAAGAAGAAACUGCCACACAGCACCACAUGGAAAUCGAUGCACUCGAUUCGGAUGGAGAUGGCGACGGCGGCGAUGAGCACUCAAUCUCCAUUAAAGAGUCAUUGAACACCCCGCAAUUUAAAAGAACCGUUGUCACCAUACUGGAGGACAAACGAUUGAGAUCGCCUGGACCUGCUGUUUUGAAAUCGCACGCUAUUAAAGUGGUAACAGCAGGGCCGGGAUCAGUCGCACCAAUCAAGCCACAAAUAACCGACAUAAAGGUUUUAAACAAUUUUAAACCCCUUUCAAGCAACACUGUUAAGAUUGGCAACACAACUGUUGCACCAACAUCCUCUCCGGGUGGAACACCAAAGGGUUUAAACAGCCUGACCAUGACACAGAUAAAAACGCCUGAUGGAAAAAUUCUCUACCUGCAAAAGUCUAUGCCGGCGGGAGCAGCUGCUAAGCCAGCGGUGGCUGCAUCAACUCCUACCAUGCCCAAGGCAGCAGUCACUGUGUCAUCAGCAGGAGCCGUACAUCAUCUAGUCGCCCCAACGGGCCUUCAAAAAGCAAUCCUCUCCAAGGCCGUGAACGUUGGCAGCACUGGCCUGGUCAAAGCAGCCGUGCCAGGGAAAGGAGGUACCUCGGCCUCCACGCCCUUAACAAUUAAGGGCAUAACGCCACUGGGAGCGAAGAGUGUGUCGCCCGCCAACUCACCUACAUCAACUCCGGCUGCCAAAUUUCAGGUGGUCCGGACAUCUGAUGGAAAGAUAAUCAAGAUUAAUCAGGCUAGCCCGUCCAUGAUUAUAAACACCAAAGCAAACACCACCAACACACCGGGAACUGGCAUCAAUGCAGCAACAUCCGCCCUUAAACUGUCUCCCUCAACCGGUAGCGUAGGACUGCGAAAAUCGAUUGGCCAAGUGGUUAUCAGGGCAACUCCUCCCAAACACGGGCCAGAUGUAAGCAACAGUUCCACUUUGACUACCGGCACAUCUGUCACAACAAACAACGCAUCGGCCCCGCCCGGAAAAAUGUUGGUGCAAAACACGGGCAAGCAAAUUGUGGUGUCCAACAAGAACAUCAUAAAGCUGUCGCCCAAACCAGGGGCCGCCAGUAGCAUAACCAACACAAGCGGCGCCCAAGGGAACUCCCCAACAAAGGGAAUACAUGCUGUACAAAUUCCUGGCAAAGGGGGUGUCGUGCAGUAUGUACGUGUCCUCCCCAGCACUAAGGAGGUGGCCAGUACCAGCAGUGCAACGUCUGUCGCAAGGUCGAAUACCUCGCCAAAGAUAACUCUUGUGCGUUCUGUCAUGUCCUCGGCUACAUCCUCGAAAAGUCCAUCUACCCCAACAUCAGUAGGAACUAAAGUAGUUUCUGUCGGCAAUACAAACAAGAUUAUAAUGAAGACAACGGGUGGAAGCAUUGUUCCGCUUCCCUCCAUGCAAACGUUGGUUUCCAAGCGUGCGCUGGGCGCCACCAACACCAGGCCGCCUAGUGUGGGCAGCGGCAAUAGCGGCAGUCAGGAAUCGCCCCGAAAACAAAGGCUAAACGAUCUCAAUAUUCAACACAAGGCCGCUGCAGACGAUGCCAGCGAUAGCAGCGAAGCGGGCCCGGAGACAAAACGGCCACGCUUCGUAAUAUCCGUACCGCAAUCAUCUCAGAAGCAGCAGCUGCAAAAGCAUGUUAUGACACGUCCCUCGUCGAUACAGCGCGUGACGGUGCAGGGCGCCAACUCCAACAAAAGUAGUACUAAUCCUGCAAAGAAAGUCUACAAUUUGUUGCAGUCACCCAAAGGAGUAAAGUACAUGAUUUGUAAUUCGGGAAUUCCUCAGUCAUCGACCAGUGCCAUGAGACGUGGAUACACCGGCUAUGUGGACGGCAAGACUCGUCGUCCGCUUUCCAUAGCAGCACAACAGCAUCGCUUACAAAUUACUCCACAGCAACAGGCAAAAAAUUUGCAAGCCUUGCAGGCCCAGGCCAAGCAGAGGAUACGACAGCAGCAGCUGCAAAAUCAACCAAUUGCGGUUCAGCCGAAGGCGACGCAGGCCACAGUCCAGCCGUCACAAGCUAAUGCUAAUACUAAUGCUAAUGCUAAUCCUAAUCCUCAAAGCGCCAAGAUUUUGCCUGAGAAGCCGCUCUUUGAGAUACUUAAGUCUCCCCAAUUGGCCUCAGCGCCUACGACUGAUGCACUGGCGGGUAUGGCGUCGCGACGUAAACAUUGUAAUUGCAGCAAGUCACAGUGUUUGAAGCUCUAUUGCGAUUGCUUUGCCAAUGGAGAGUUCUGCCAGGACUGCACCUGUAAGGACUGCUUCAAUAAUCUGGACUAUGAAGUGGAACGAGAGCGAGCAAUACGCAGUUGCCUUGACCGCAAUCCCAGCGCAUUCAAACCCAAGAUAACGGCGCCCAAUUCGGGUGACAUGCGUCUGCACAACAAAGGGUGCAACUGCAAACGGUCUGGCUGCCUGAAGAACUAUUGCGAGUGCUACGAGGCAAAGAUACCUUGCUCUAGCAUUUGCAAAUGCGUAGGCUGUCGCAACAUGGAAGAUCGUCCAGAUGUAGACAUGGACUCCAUGGACAGUUUAAAGGAUGGCGAAGACUCGAACAAGGCUAAAGACGGGAACGACAAACAGUCGCAGGAUGAUUCGGAUCGGUAUUUGACCGACGAUGUUGUAGAGGCGACUAUUAUGUGCAUGAUAUCUCGCAUAGUGAUGCACGAGAAGCAGAAUUCGGCUUUAGAGGAUACCGAGCGUGAGGUGAUGGAGGAGCUGGGCGAGAGCCUGUCUCAGAUUAUAUCUUUUGGCAAGGAGAAAAUCGAUACAAACGAGCUGGUAGACUCCAUGGCAUUGGCUUCUUGAUGUUUAAACGUAACAUGAAUUAGUUUGUAAGAUUAAAGCGUUCUUGACCUUUUCCCCUCUAACUUGUACUCUUUUCAUGGGCUUUCUAAAAGUUGACCUUAAAGUAAUGUGUAAAGUUAACAAAAAAAUGUUACACCAAAUGUAUAUACAUAUAUCAAAUCAAUCCAAUCAUGCAUUAACUCGUACAUUAGCAAAUACCAGAUUUAAGAUCAAAUUCACUCUGUAUUACCAUCGAGGGUCUUUGACGCGUACUUUCCGCAACCUUGAUGU